AUGGACAAGGAAACUUUCUGUGGAGAGCUUUACGCUUCUAAUAAGGAGGAUCAGGAUGAUGAUUGUGUUCUAUCUACGUUACGAAACCGCCGUCGAAGAGAAGUUAGCAACAGAACUAAGGACCCGAAUGCGAUCUCAGAGAAAGUAUUACCACGGGAAGCCUCUGAAAGAGAGACAGUGGGGAUACCAGACCAUGAUCGUUCAAUAAAGCCUAAUAAGAAGCCGAAGUUGGCUAGGGAUGGCAUGCGAAAGAAGAUCAAGGAAUCCAUUAAUUCUGUGAACGAUCAUCCUUCAGUUCUCAACGGCCUUGUACUUUAUUUCAUACCUAAUGAUGACAUAUCACAGGCUAGACGAAUUCGCAUUUCAAGGGUCCUUGAAUUUGGCGCAACCCGUGCGACAAAGUUCGAUUCCUCCGUCACACAUAUAGUUGCGGAAAGGCGGCUUAAUUACGAGGACGUGGUUGAGUAUCUCCAAGUGUCCUCUGUCCCAGUCAAUAUUAUCCUAGUAAAUGAGAACUACCCAUCAGAAUGCAUCAUGAACCGGAGAAUAUUGGAUGCUUCUAGCCCUCGCUUCCAAAUUAAACGGAAGUUGCUGCCUGAGCCACAGGUAAUACCUAGUGGUGAACCACGACAUGAUUGCAUUCCUACAAAUUCCAGUCGAGGUACCGACUCCAAAAAGGCUGGUACCAAGUCCACUGAAGAAGCGGUUCCAGUACCUCCAGGGCAUCUUCCCCAUUUUCCAGCCAAAGACACGGCUGACCAGGAUGGUAUGCAAGCAUCUGACCCAGAUCACCUAGAUCUAGCAAUCAGACAUAUAAAAAAUAUAGCUGCUCUCCCCCUGGAUUCCUCUGAUGAGGAAGAUGAUGAAAUUGUCCCUGGGGAAUUUCAAUCUGGUCUCACAACAGACUGUCCUGCAUGGCAGAAAUCAUUCACCUGCAUGAACAAAAUGGAUGGCAAAGACCGUGCGGAUAAUCCCAACUCUCGCACAAUCGAUGUCUUGCAACAAAUGCUUAGCUACUAUGAACGAACCGCCGACCAAUGGCGGUGUCUUGCAUAUCGGCGUGCAAUUGCUGCUCUACGCAGGGAACGUAAUAAAGUAGUGUCAAAAAGCCAGGCUUUGAAGAUAAAAGGAAUAGGUGAACGCCUGGCGGCUAAAAUCGAGGAAAUUGUAUGGACUAAUCGGCUCCGGCGGCUAGAACAAGCGAACAUGGAACCAAGAGAUGCUUUGCUCUCCCAAUUUCUCAACAUAUAUGGUGUUGGAUAUCAGCAAGCUUCCAAAUGGGUCGCACAGGGGUAUAAAUCCUUGGACGAUUUGAAGAACCGAGCUAAUCUAACUACUAACCAAAAGAUUGGGAUUGAACGGUAUGAUGACUUUCAGAAACGGAUACCUCGAGAAGAAGUCGAGGCACAUUGCGCUAUUGUACGGGAGGCUGUUUUAGCCAUGGAUAGCUCCUAUACCGUCAUUAUUGGUGGCUCCUACAGACGCGGAGGUGCUGACAGCGGAGACAUCGAUCUCAUUAUAACCAAGGAAGGAGUAAGUCUGCAAGAGAUACAUGACCAGAUCAUGACCGUUGUCGUUCCCCAGCUAUUUGAACGCAGAUUCCUAAAGACGGGACUUGCCGUAUCCUCACAAAUAGAUGGGUCAAAAUGGCAUGGUGCUUCGGCACUUCCUGGGAACCCUGUAUGGCGCCGUAUAGACCUGCUAUUUGUACCCGGUGACGAACUCGGUGCUGCACUAAUUUACUUCACGGGCAAUGAUAUAUUCAACCGGAGCCUACGGUUGCUGGCAAGCAAGAAGGGUAUGUGUUUAAACCAGAGGGGUCUCUUCUCAGAUAUUAUGCGGGGUCCAGGCCGGGUGAAACUGAAUGCCGGCCAUCUCCUGGAAAGCCGGGACGAGAAGCGAAUCUUCGAGCUCCUUGCAGUGCCCUGGAGGCCACCAGAGCACCGAGUUUGCUGA